UCAUUUUAGUGUUACCAGCCCCUGAAAUGAAUCGAUUUAUAGAUAACGACUCGAGCAACGACCAAGGAUGGACGCUGCCAAACGCUUUAUUAUACUGAUCCUCGCUUUGGAAACAGCUUAUAUUUCUGUAGUGUUUGCUGAGGAGCUCCAGGUUUAUCAGGAGCCAGAGGUCAAUGCAACCGUGGGAGACAGGACGCGCCUUGGGUGCGCUUUCAACACCAGCAGCGGGCAGGUUGGAAUCGGGUCCUUUAAGUGGUACCGGGUCCGGAGCGACGGGAAGAGGAGCGAGGUUUCCAAUGAAACACACCCAGCUGGAGUCGUCACAUCGCAUGAAUUCAGGACGAACAAGGACGCUUCAUUGUACUUGCUCCAUCCUCAAAAAUAUGACUCCGGCGUGUAUUACUGCGAGGUAGAGCUGCUGUCAGCGGGGAGAAGAACCGGGAACGGGACGGUGCUGGCUGUUUACCAAAGAAGUAAAGAAGAGCAGCGUGAUAGCGCUGACGCGAGUUUCUCUCAGAACACCCUGCUCUUAGCCGCUGGCGCAGGUGGCGCGCUCAUCGUUUUAAUCACGAUCGCCGUGCGCUGUUGUAAAACACAGCGUGGAACAGGCGCUGCACCAUCCACCUCGCAGCCCGCAAGUCGUGACUGUGAUGUUUAUGGACAGAUCCCCAUGAAAAAGAAAAAGAAAAAUCUAAAGAAAAAAGACAAGUCUGUUGCCCAAGCCCCCGCGGAUGAACUUCAGUACGUGCAGCUGAACCUGAAACGCCCGCGCAAAGACCGUGUUCAAAACAUCGAUCAUGUGGAGUACGCAACCGUGCACACCAGGCGUUAGGGCGUCCCAAACUCAUCCUCGCCACUUCCGCCAAGUCCUUUCCCAAUCUUCAGUGGAGUUCUGUAGUUUCACUUUCUUCGGACCCCUGAUCUUGUCACUGCCACACUGUAGAGUCACACUCCCUGUGCAGCAGGUAUUAGACCCCAUACCCUGACACCCCCACACUGUAGAGUCACACUCCCUGUGCAGCUGGUAUUAGACCCCAUACCCUGACACUUCCACACUGUAGAGUCACACUCCCUGUGCAGCAUAUAUUAGA